CUGUGGGCAACCUCAGACAGGUGGAGGAGACGUCCUCAAGCAGCUGAACUGCACCGAGGUGGUCGGACCUGAUCGGGCAGGACUGGGCUGGGCUGGGCUGCAGGACGGACACUGUGCACGCUCCGGUGCGCGGAUCCUCCUGCAAGCUGCUGGAUUCAAAGUAUGAGACCAGAUCCAAAACAUGAUUUGGAAUGAUUUCUCCAUCCUGCUGCUGCUGCUGCUGCUGCUGAGGCUUCGCACACAUGCUGGACACUUAAAUGUGGACGCGGGGAGGACGAGGGAUGUAGUUGCAAUGGAUUAAUGAGGAGUACACAUGGGCUUCUUUUUUUCUGAGAUUAUUGGCGUGUAAUUUUCAUCACCCUGCCUCGGCCAUGGAGAACCAAGCAGCCGAGCCACAGAACUAUGAAGACGUACAGAAAAGCGGCUAUCUCCGCAAGCAUAAAUCAAUGCACCGGCGGUUCUUCGUGCUGAGGGCGGCCUCGGAGCAUGGUCCCGCUCGACUCGAGUAUUACGAGAACGAGAAGAAAUUCCGCAGUAAAUCACCUGUGCCCAAGAAAGUCCUGAACCUGGAGACUUGCUUCAACAUCAACAAGCGGGCAGAUUCCAAGAACAAGCACAUGAUAGUGCUUUAUACCCGCAGCGAGAGCUUUGCCAUCGCUGCAGAUAGCGAGGAGGUCCAGAACGAGUGGUACCAGGCGAUGCUGGACCUCCAGUGCAACUGUAAAACUCCUGAAGACUAUGGCAGUAGUGGAGAGUGUAGCUCUCCGUCUCCUGUUCCAACCUUCAAGGAAGUCUGGCAGGUCAAGGUUUGGCCCAAAGGUCUUGGACAUGCCAGGAACUUAGUGGGCAUCUACCGGCUGUGCCUGACUGACAAGACGGUCAACUUCGUCAAGCUCAACUCUGAUGUGGCGGCUGUGGUGUUGCAGCUGAUGAACGUCCGCAGGUGCGGUCAUUCUGAGAAUUUUUUCUUCAUCGAGGUGGGCCGCUCUGCCAUCACCGGUCCUGGAGAGUUCUGGAUGCAGGUGGAUGACUCUGUGGUGGCUCAGAACAUGCACGAGACCCUGCUGGAGGCCAUGAAGGCGCUGAGCGAGGAGUUCCGUCAACGCAGUAAGUCUCAGUCCGUGGGGACGUCAUGCGGAGGGGGCACCGCCUCCAACCCCAUCAGUGUCCCGAGCCGUAGGCAUCACCCCAAUCUGCCGCCGAGCCAGGUGGGCUUCUCCAGAAGAGCCCGCACGGAGACCCCCGGAACAGGAGGCAGCAGCACGAGCACCUCACCUACAUCACGCCACGGGUUCCCGAGGGCGAGGACUGCCAGCAUCGGGGCCAGGUCCGAGGAGGGCGGAGCGAGCGCCAAAGGGACGUGGGCGAGCUCCAGCCCGAGUCUUAACGGCUCCUGCUCAACCACACCGACACUGAGGCCUAAACCCACCAGGGCCCCCACUCCUGCAAAGAUAACCCUAAGCCUUGCACGUUACACGCCUAACCCUGCACCCUCUCCUGCGCCGAGUCUGUCCUCCAGCUCGGGUCACGGCUCCGAGUGCGGCCUAGUGGGAGCAGCAGUGGGGGGCAUGAUGAUCUGCUCCUACCCUCGUGUUUCUCAGAGAGUCUCUGUUUCAGGUUCACCGAGUGACUACGGCUCCUCCGAUGAAUAUGGCUCCAGUCCUGGGGAACACUCGCUGCUCGUCCCCAGUCUGUCUGGACACCACGUACACGGCGAAGGCGCCUCCAGCUACAUCGUGAUGGGACAGCGGGAGGGUCUCCUUGGCUCCCAUCACCGAUCUAAAGGCCGCCGGAUCUUGCGGCGCUCAUCCAGCAGGGAGUCUGAGGCAGAGCGCAGACUACUAAGUAAGAGGGCGUCCCUGCCUUUGGCGGCCCACGAACGACUUGCCCCGCACAGGAAAGACGAAGAUGAUGAAGACGAUGAAGAAUACGCCAUCAUGUCGCAGAGUGUGAACCGAGAGAGAGCUGAUUUGCACCACGGUUCAGGGGGCUUGGCGGUUGGAGGUGGGCAGCUUGACACCGGAGGGAAAAAUAGGAAGAGGGCUGAGAAAAGCAGGCGAGAAGUGGAAGGUGGACCUGCCGUGGACAGUGGCUACAUGUCAAUGCUGCCUGGAGUCACGUCUCCUCCCGUUUCACUCUCUCUCUCCAUAGGCAUGUCAGAAACCAGCGCUAAACCUGGAGCAGAUGACGAGUACAUGGCCAUGACCCCCAACAACAGCGUGUCACCCCCUCAGCACAUCCGCCAGCCCAGCACAGAGGGCUACAUGGUCAUGUCUCCCAACAGCAGCAGCUCCACAGACCUGCACGGUCUGGGCAUGUGGGACAGCAGGGCCAGCAUGGAGAGCCGGGCCGCCAGCGACUACAUGAACAUCUCACCGGUCUGCAGCCGCUCCGCCUGCAGCACGCCGCCUUCCCACCCCGAACAGCACCAACUGCAACCAAAAAUGUUCAAUUCCUAUUUCUCCCUGCCGAGAGCUUAUCAACACACGCUCUAUAGUCGCUUUGAGGACGACUUAAAUAAAGGGGAAGGAAAAAAGGACAGCAGCGGGCUUGAUGGUGCUGGAAGGGGAGGGGGAGUGGGAUACAGCAAGAGAAACAAAAUUGCAGCGGGCUCUGCAGGAGGCUGUCAGCUCUCCAUGUCUUCCUCUUCCUUCUCCUCCAGCUCAGCCAGCAGCGAGAGCCUGGAAGACAAGUCCAUAUCGGUGGGCAGAGGGUUAAGUUUAGUAAGGACUGGAGCUGAGUACAAGUUUGCGGGUUCGUCCGCAAAAGACGGGCGUCACCAUCAAAAGCGUGGGUCGACCAGUAAGAGCCCAAAGCAACAAAGGAGGGGUCGUCCCCUCAGCGUGUCUUCGGACAUCACUAAAGCAAACACCCUGCCCCGGGUGAAGGAGAACCUAAUGCCAUCUGUGUCUCAAAACGUCGGUGAGUAUGUCAGUAUUGUGUACAAGGAGGACAAUAAGUACAGCGGAGGACAACGUUCUGGCUCUCAGCGUGGACAACCUGUGAUCCAUGGAACCCUCCGGCCUUUGAAUCAACCCCUCCUCUGCCACGAUAAUCCUGCUAACCUCCCCCGCAGCUUCUCAGCUCCAUUGUCCACCUCCGCUGAGUACGUCAGCAUGGAUUUAGGGAAGUCCUCGACACCCCGGACUCCCCUUCGAUCCACGUUCAGCACCCCACAGGGCUCACCAGCUGCCGCCCCCAAGGCCCGACAUGAACACAGCACGUCCUCUCCUCUGGCAGCAGAGGGCAACGCCGGGUACAGAAAAGUAAAGAUGGCGGUGAUGCCAAUAGACAGCCCUGCUCCCGGUUCAGAUCCCAGCAUUUCAGUUAGACCUGCCAUCCAUUCUGGUCAACCCUUGUCUUUGGAGCAAGAGACAGGGUUGGGUUUCUCCCCGGUCAAGUCCUUCCAGUCUCCCGAGCGGAGCAGCAGAUCGGUCCGAGGUGACCAGCAGCAGGGGCGGCAGAGCCUCCACCCAGAGACGUUUAACUCCCCUCCCUCCCUACCGCGCCACCCACCAUCUUCUACCUCCAUCUUCCCGGAGGGCAGCCAGGCGGCCAGCCAUCGGCAUGGUUUGGAUUGCUCGCCGUGGGAGAACAGGCAGGCAGCUAGUUUAUCUGCCACACCUCCACCACAAGCCUCCACCUCAUCUGCUGAACAGGGCCUUAACUAUAUUGACCUUGACCUGGCCAUUAAGGAGAGCCCUCAAGCUGGAGUGGAGCGCCCCUCUGCCGCCUACAACAUUGGGGGAAGCGCCAUUGGCAGCAGCGCCGGCUCCAGCCUCAAUACUUACGCCAGUAUUGAUUUCUAUAAGUCAGAAGAAUUGAGAGCACACCAGAACAGUAGAAAGGAUGGUCAAGACUGUUGAUCUCCAUGUCUGAUCUGAGCGUUGAUGCCGGUGAGACCUCUCCACUCAGUCUGUGACAAGACGCUCGAUCUGUUGCCACAACAGAACUGUACACUGGAGUCUGAACACUGGAAACCCUGGAAAACUCAUCCCCAUCCCGUCGGCUGUUUUCUGUCAACCAAAUGUGUGCCAAACACACACACA